AUGAGUUUGGGUGGCAUUUGGAGCUCAAAGCUUGGGGCUCACGUCUCCCACUGCUUACUCGCUACAGGCGAGCUGCCAGAAAGGGCGGUAAUCUUAGGCGUUAUCCUGUCUACCAGUGUACACAGUCAUGGGUAUAGAGCCGAAGAAUUUGGGGAGCCACUGGCUUUACCAGUUCCAGCAGAGCUUUUUGUCGACACAAAUGUCUCUUAUGCUUAUGUUGUCAACCCUCAACAAACUUUGUACCACUACAAUUACCACCCUUUCAUGUCAUAG